AUGAAUCCUGUUCAAAAUACAGGCGGAAAAAAGAGUCGGGCAGUAGCAACAAAACAACUAAUUAUCCAGGAAUUCAAACGGCGACUUCGCGACAACAUCAAAUCGCUCAACGACAAUUUCUUCCACAUUGUGACCGCCGCAAAAGUGAACACUGAUGAGAAUUCGCAUAAAAACCUAAACGGCAAGAUGACCGAAUUCUACACGACUAAAAAUGAAAUGGCUGUUCGUGCACAGUUAAUGGUUCGUGCUUCCGACGAACUUCUAAAGCUGACCAACGAUUUGAAGGAGUUUCUCAUACUCCAUGAUUUCAAUUUUCUUACUCACUCGAUUAAAACAUCGGAAAAGAAUAGCGAAGAACUCCAACGUCAACAAACCGAAGUUUUCCAAUCGCUUCAUUUUGAAAUCAAUAAUAUGAUUUACGAUUUGGAUCAGGAAUUGGCGCAGAAUUUCCAACUUCGAUAUUAA